AUUGAAGUGUUUCGUGUUCACCGCCUCGUGAGGCGACUAACUAACUAACUAACUCACUAACUUACUAACUAACUCACUCACUAACUAACUAUCUCACUAAGUACGGCGUGGAAACCCCACACGUGUACUAAAUAGUCAUGUUUUAUCGCCAACUUGCUGUUUUUCAUGCGCUUUUGUUGUUUCUUUGUGCAGACUGGCUGCUGUAUCCUUGACGACCAACUUGGGGACAACUCUUGCAAAGUGGCGGACCUUUACGACACUUUUACCACACUUUUACGACACCUUUACUGGAACUUCUACUACACCUUUACUGGAACUUUACUGGAACUUUAGUGGACCUUUAGUGGACCUUUAGUGGACCUUUAGUGGACCUUUAGUGGACCUUUAGCGGACUUUUAGCGGACCUUUGCCCACUCCACGCAGCGGAAAUGAUUCCCCGGCUUUUGUCAAGUUCGGCGAAGACUUUGUGACAUUUGGCUGGAAGUGGGAGCCUCUGUGCCUCUCAGGAUCUAAAUACAUCAACAUCUCAACAUCUCAGCGUGUCCGUGGAACAAUAGUGGACGUGAAAGUGGAAGCCUCCUCGAGGGGGGUCAAUGCCCCGAAGGGUGUUGUUCUGUCUCCAUCCCUGAGUCGAUUCAUCGAUCGAUUGAUUGAUUGCUUGAUUGAUCUUCAGAGCAGGUCAGCAUGGAUGUGACUCUGUCCGAACUCCUGGUUGCAUUUUUGGAGUCACCGCUCGUGCUGUGGGUGCGGACAUUAGGGCCGCUGGGGUCAUGUGACCAGGUGGGCUGCCAGGAGCCAGUCAACAUCUUCAUCGAGCUGGUGGAUGGAGUCUUCUUGCACAACAUCAUGACACACAUCGACCCCAGCCCCAAUAACCACAGGCUGAACAAGAAUGUGGGAAAUGAUGUGUCACUUCGCCUUCACAACUUGACCCUUCUCACCAGACACAUCAGGACGUACUACCAGGACACCCUUCAGCAGUUAAUAGUCAUGCCGCUUCCAAACCUUGUCUGCAUUGCCAGGGAUCCUGUAUCAGCAAAGAGCAUGGAGGAGCUCAAAAGACUGUUACUGUUGAUCCUGGGUUGUGCCGUGCAGUGCGAGCGUAAGGAGGAGAUGAUCGAGAAGAUCAAGCUGCUGGACAUGGAGACUCAGGCUUCCAUCGUGUCUUACAUCCAGGAGGUGACCCACAACCAGCAGAAUGUCCUGGACCUGUCCUGGCUGGAGGAAGGGGCGGGACUUGCACAGGAAGUGCUGGAGCCCUUGUCUCGCAGCAUGGCCACCUCACUGCGCCACCUGGUGGAGCAGAGGGACAUGGCCAGUGAGGUAAGACUGCAGCAGCCUUCACGAGCACAUGAGGCGUGCAGGGAUGGGAGAAGACUUGCAAUUUCCAGGAAACGGGGAAUUAGGCUGGCCAACUUCCCUUCUUUCAUCUUCAUCGCCUCUUGCACGAGAGACUGGACACUUAAUGGUGUGGUUCUGAGCUACCUUUCCUCCAGAGACUGCUCCUGCUGCAGAAGUCUUUCUCGGGAGAGAGAGAGUGACCGUCAGAGAGUGGAGGAUCUGCAGGAAGAGAACAUGCUGCUGGAGAUAAGACAGAAACAGAGUAUGAACGAAUCAGCUCAUCUUGGAUGGGAACUGGAACAACUCAGCAAACACCAGGAUAAUUGUAGCUCAGACACUCGGAAAUCCUUGGUACACGAGCUCAAUGAGUGUGUUUCCAGCCGGGUUUUAAAGCUGGAGAAGGAGAACGGGGAGCUCCAGGCCUCUGUGGAGAGACUGCAAGAGGAGAAGCACCUCCUGCAGGAGAGAGAGCUCCAUGGCCAGGUGCUGGAGCGAGAGAACCAGGCCCUCAGCAAGAAGGUGGAACAUCUCCAGGCCUUGUUGGAGCAGGAGAAAGUGACCAGCCAAGACUUGGAGUCUCUGGGAGAGGAACUGUUGAAGGACAAACACCUGCUGGAAAGGCAGAUGCAUCUUCUGAGGGCAGACAAGGACAGACAGAUCUCGGAAAUGGAGAGCAAGACGCAGAACCUGUGUGACGCGGUGGCGUCGCUCCGUGAGCGCGCUCAGACCAGCGGGCAGGCCGGGGUCCCCCAGGUGGAGGCCGAGAACCGCCUGCUACAGCGGCGCCUGAGCGACACCGGCGCCCGCCUGUCCAGCCUGGAGACUGAAGUCAGGCUCUCCAAAGAAGAAGAAGUGGGUGUGAGCAGGUGUGAUGAAGCUGAGAGAAGCAGGGACGCUCUCAGCAUGGAGGUGGCAACUCUGCGUGCCUGCAGUGAGCGCUCAGACCUUCUGGAGAAGGAGGUGUCCUCCAUGCAGCAGGAGGUGCUCAGACUCACACGGGAGGCAGAGGAGGCCCAGCAAGUGCAAGCAGACCAGCAAGAAGACCUGGAAAAGCUGACUUCGUCUUCUGCUCUCCUCACCAAACAACUGGAGGAGGCGCAGACAGAAUUGCAGGAGGUGCACAGAAGGUUUGAGGAGGUGGAGGCGGAGUUGCAAGGAGAGAGGAAGAGAAGCCAGAGACUGGAGGCCAACGUUGCCACGGUAACCCAGGAGAAGUUCCACCUCAAGGCCCAGGUGGACGAGUUGAAGGAGGAGAGAGAUGAACACGCCCGAGAGAAGAAGGGAGCCUGGAGUCGGCUGGAGGAGCUGAAGGUGGAAGUGGAGCAGCUCAGUCGGGAGCAGAGGAAGCGAGAGGAAGGCGACAAGGACAGAGAGAGGCUUCAGCUGGACCUGGACCAGUCCGACAAGACCAGGAAGCACCUGGAGAAGGAGAGCUGGAGGAUGAGGAUGCUCCUGGACAAUAAGGAGGCCGAGCUGGAGGAGAAGGCCAGGCAGUUGGCGGGCGGGCAGAGGGAGGUCCUGGCCUUGAGCAGAGAGCUGGAUCGCAUGAAGGAGGUGGCCCUCAAGACCAAGGAAUGGGAGCAAGACUACAAGGAGCUGCAGAAACAGGCCACCAUGGACAAGAGGACUUUGGCUACUCUGAGAGAGGAGUUGGUGUCGGAGAAGUUGAGCGUCCAGCAGCUCAGUGUGGAGUUAGAGAGACUGAAUGAAGAACUGGAGAAUGUUGGACUGACCCGAGAAAGACUUCUGCAGCAGGAGCAGUCUCUGGAGGAAAGCAAAUACAAGCUGCUUGAAUCCCGACUUGAGGAAACCGUGCAAGAGGCGAUGAAGAUGAAAGAAGGGAAGUUGGCCAGCCUGCAGAAGAAAGUGGAGGAGAGCAACACACACAACACAAAAGUGGAGGAGAGCAACACACACAACACAAGUCUACGUGCUGAGCUGGCCGCUGCUCUCCAGAAAGGAGAAGGUCCCAACUUGCAGGAGUUGUCCAAAGAUGAGCGACGAGACUCGGCCACCACUGAGUUGCUUCAUAUCAAAGAUCAUCUCAUUGAUGUGGAAAAGAAUUGCAGUCUCAACACUAUUUAA